GCCCGCGCCUGUCCAGCGAGUCCGCAGGCAGGGGGACCGGAGGCACCAAAGGCCAAUAGACAUGUAGGGGCGGGGUCUCCACCGAUUUUUUUUUCCUGACAGGUGGACGUGGUCUUGGCAUCCACGCCAAUGAGAAUGCGAGGGCGGGGCCUGAAUAGACGCAGGAAAUGACGACGGCCGCGGGUCUGUGAGCAGCGGGGGCGGGGCCUGGUUGUGGCUCCUCCUUCUGCCGUCCCCAAGCUCCCUGGGUGGGAACGGGGUCUUGCGGUCCCUGGCUGGGUGGCCAGACCCCGAAGCCAGCGCGGGGAAGGGCUGCGGAUGCCCGGGUCAGAGGAAGGGGCAAGUCCAAGGACACGCGGGUCUGGUCCUGGGCAAGAACCGCCCCCUCCCCGGGCCUGCUUCAGUCUUCCUUCGCAGAACAACGGGCCAGGCCCCUUCCCUCUGCCCCCGGGUGCUUGAAGUCUAGCCCCAUCCUGGUCCAAUGCGCUCUUGGUAGCCUCCUUUCCCAGCUGCCCGCCCACCGCCAUGCCGCCCUUACUGCCCCUGCGCCUGUGCCGGCUGUGGCCCCGCAACCCUCCCUCCCGGCUCCUCGGAGCGGCCGCCGGGCAGCGGUCCAGACUCAGUACUUAUUAUGAACUGUUGGGGGUGCAUCCUGGUGCCAGCACUGAGGAAGUUAAACGAGCUUUCUUCUCCAAGUCCAAAGAGCUGCACCCGGACCGGGACCCUGGGAACCCAAGCCUGCACAGCCGCUUUGUGGAGCUGAGCGAGGCAUACCGUGUGCUCAGCCGUGAGCAGAGCCGCCGCAGCUAUGAUGACCAGCUCCGCUCAGGUAGUCCCCCAAAGUCUCCACGAACCACAGCCCAUGACAAGUCUGCCCACCAAACACACAGCUCCUGGACACCCCCCAAUGCACAGUACUGGUCCCAGUUUCACAGCGUGAGGCCACAGGGGCCCCAGUUGAGGCAGCAGCAACACAAACAAAACAAACAAGUGCUGGGGUACUGCCUCCUCCUCAUGCUGGCGGGCAUGGGCCUGCACUACAUUGCCUUCAGGAAGGUGAAGCAGAUGCACCUUAACUUCAUGGAUGAAAAGGAUCGGAUCAUCACAGCCUUCUACAACGAAGCCCGGGCACGGGCCAGGGCCAACAGAGCCAUCCUUCAGCAGGAGCGACAACGGCUAGGGCAGCGGCAGCCGCCACCAUCCGAGCCAACCCAAGGCCCCGAGAUCGUGCCCCCGGGCGCCGGCCCCUGAGGGGCUCACCUGGAUGGGGCCUGCAGUGCGUUCCCGCCUUGCUUCCUUCCCUGGACGGUCCGCUCCCCGAAACGCGCGCAAUAAAGUGAUUCGCAGA